UCUUCAAGAUAGAUGACCGAAUUAUGUCAUAAAAUCAUAUACUAAUACUCAUUCAAUUAUUUCUAAAUAAUCACGUUAAACUACAAAUUAUAAGUCUCAAAAUAUAAAAAAACACACCCACACAAAAAAAAUGUCAGAAGUGGGAUUUGAACCCACGCCCUCUUUCGAAGACCAGAACUUGAGUCUGGCGCCUUAGACCACUCGGCCAUCCUGACUUUCUUGUUACAUUUCAUCACUCUAAAUACAUAUUCCAAUUAAACCUCCGCCUAAACUCGCACUCCAGUUGUUUCUUCAAUCUUCAUUUUACUUCUGACUUCUGCAUCAACACCCUCAUCACAGCGCUCCAACUCCACCCCUCGAUAACAACUCACCGACGCCGCCACAAACUCCGUCAGACCAAGUCAGCUCCGUCGCAAUCUGAGAAUCACGCCUUCAAGUUUUUGCGGCAGAUUUGGUGGUUGAUUGCAAUGAACCCAAUUCAAUAUCAAGCAAUGGGGCAUCUUCCUCCUCCUCCUCAACAAUGGGGCCCAUCAAUUCCUCCAAACCCACCUCCUUCUACCACUUUCUGGAACCCCUUGAAUGUCCAACACCACUUUAAAGAAUUACAUCAAACCCUCUCUCUCGCAAAUGCACUGCAAAAAGAGCUGGAGAUGUUGAUGAAGGUUAAGGAAGUAAAAGGGUGUGUGGGAAAAGAGAAUGAUAAUGAUGGUGUUGAUGGGUCAAUUGAUAGUUCAAAAAUUGAUGAAUUUUGUAGGUUUUUUGAGGAUAAUAGGAUUGAUUUGGGUGCCCAAGAGUUGAUUUUAGUGGAGGCUGCAAAUGGGUUAAUGUCAAAAUUGAAAUUUCUGCUUGAGCCUCUUAAGUUUGUUACUGAUGAUGGGACCCCAUGGGAGGAGAAAUCUGCUGUUGUUAGAUUGAGUGAUAAGAUUAACAAGUCGAAACGCAAUAAGUUGUGGAGAAAGAGGAAGAGACGUCGUGUUGCUGAAUCACUUGCUAAGAAGGAUGAGCAAUUCAAGAAACUUGACCAAGAAGCUGAUGAAUGGAGGGCUAAAGAAAUUGCCAAAGAUAUGGCACAACAAAAGGUAGAGAAGAUGAAAGUAAUUGCAAAGCAGAAGGCUAAAGAGGAGAGGAAGAAAUUGGAAGCUGAGCUUGAGCUGGCAUUGAUGGUUGAGAAGUUACAAGAACUGCGCUCUGUCAGGAUACAGAAGUUGAAAAAACAAGGCCAUUUUCUUCCAGAAGAAGAUGACAAGUUUCUUGAGAGAGUUCGAGCUGCUGUUGAAGAGGAAGAGCGCCAAGCAAAGGCUGCUGCAGCAACAGGUGCAGCCAAGGAUGCUAUUGCAGCUGCUGAAGAAUCUAGAAAAGUUACUCGGGAUAAGAAUGAAACCAGUAAGGAUGAUGGUGAAGAAAGUGAAGAGCAGAUAACUCAGAGUAAAAGUGGGCUUGACUCUCUUGCUUCCGCUAGCAAAGAAACUGAUAAACAAGGCUCUGAUAGACAAAGCCAUGGUGCAUAUGACUAUGUGGCUAAUUUACCCCCAGAGUUCUAUCACUAUUAUCAUGGAAGUAAUACUGACAUGGGUACUCUGAUUGAGGUUCGGAGAACAUGGGAUGCAUACAUAAGGCCCGGGGGAAGUCGUAUUCCAGGGCACUGGGUUCAACCACCCCCUCCAGCAGACAAAGUAUGGGGAUCAUAUCUUGUGCAGCGUAGAUGAUACUUCAAUAACAAUUAAUUGGUGUUCCUGUAACUCUAUAGAGAAAUUGCUGAAAUUCAGUUGUGUGCACCCUUAAUGAACAGCAAGGUGUUGUGACAGAUAUCAACAAACAACGAUGGAAAAGCAAGAAAUAUCUCGAGUAUAAAGGAGAUUCUCUCAAAACUCAAGCACACCACCUCUCUUCUGCCUUCAUCCAUGGCAAGUGCAUGCUCCACAGCUCUCAAAGGAUUUGAAUUGCUGUGUAUUCUAUUUUGUCUAGGUGCUCAUCCUAUUUGAUCCACUGCCAAAGUUCUUCGAUAGGUUUCAUUCCUUGAAAAUAUAGAGUAACUUAUCAGCCAGUUCAGUUUCUAUAUCUUUGUCUUCUCAUUAUCUGGAGAUUGUUUUCAGCUCCAGAUUUGAUUCAUGUUUGUUUCAGUUCUUGAGUAUAUGGGAUAUGGCACAAUGUUCCUAAAGAAGUUUGCACAAACUCAGAUAGUUCAUGCAAUUAAGAUAAGUUCUCCAUAGAUAAUGCAACGGUAACACGGAAACACACUGUCAGGCUGUCAGCUAUACAAGUAAUCGGCAGAAUCAUGAACUUCUUCUGAAGAAUGCUCAUUUUUUCCUAUCUCAGUCAAUUCGUCCAGCCCCUAUGAAAUGUCCAAUGCUACACGGACAAGUUAACCAAAAGUCCUUUUUUUUUUUUUUUUAAUAUAUAUUUAUUUUAAGAAACCAGAAGUCCAUAUUUGAUUAUCUUUGUUCAAUAUCAUUUUAUGUCCUUUUAAGUAUUGUCAAUUACUGUACUUGAGAAUUAAAAUUCAUUUUAUUGUCUAAUAUCAUUGUCAUUCAA